AGACUUUCCAAAUAGGGUACCAAUUACUCAAGAUCCUUGCAUUACAUCAAAAAGAACAUCGUGUAAAGGACAUAACGCACAGAUAUACAGUAUAUUAUCGGUGUAUAUAUUUCAGAAGUAUUGAUAAUUCAAUCGAUGUAAUUGAACGAAAGCUGGCUUGUGAAGUUAUCACAGGAAAUACACCACGCGGAUUAAUUUUCAUUAGUGACCUCAGUAAAACGUCAAAAGCAAAAGUGCGUGUAGACUUUUACAUUGUAUUUACCGACUUAUUACAUACAGGAGAGGUUUAAUUCGGAGUCUGCAGGAAAUUUAUUCAUCGAUUGAAGGAACCAAAUUGGCUGAGUUGUAUAUGGAGGCUGCACAAAGCGGCUCAUGGAGUGUCCCCACCUCGCCGAAAGUGUUAAAAUUCUAGCGCCACCUAUGAAAUCAAAAUCUUCACAAAGUUGGAACUGCCAAGUUUGUAGCAGUGAUAAGAGCCCCUGGUUAUGCCUGACAUGUCAGCAGAUACACUGUGGCAGAUUUGUGAAUGGCCAUGCUAAGAGUCAUCAUGAUGAGCUACAAUCUCAACUGCUGCCUGUGCAACCACUCCAACCCCAUCACUGUGUGUGCAUUGAUUGUGAAUCUAUGGCCACUUUCUGUUAUUUAUGUGAUGAGUUCGUAAUCAAUGACACUCCUGGUGGACAUAUAGAUAAUCUGAGAAAGCAACUUCAGGAAAUAAACAAUAGUACAACUGCGGAAGAUGUGAAAAUCCAAAAUGUAGAAAAUGAAAUGAAGAUGCGGCCUAGGAGGCGAGCUACAGCAGAAACUUCAGAAAAUAAUAGGAAAAAGCUCAAAACAGAGAGUGGUGCUAGAAUGAUGAAACCUCGGUCAUCUGGGCUGCGUAACCUUGGCAACACAUGUUUCAUGAAUGCUGUUUUACAAUCUCUUAGUAAUAUCCAACAGUUCUGUGGCUACAUCAAACAACUGCCAUCUCUUGAGAACAAAGUCACAAUCACAUCAAAGAAAAAGAUAAAAACUAGAAGUUGUAAAGAUGGCGACGAUGUGUUCUUGGUGGAGGAAUUACGAAAGACAUUGGUUCUACUUUGGCAGGGCAAGAAGGCGGCAAUAUCACCAGAAUCAUUAUUUUCAGUUAUAUGGAAAGUUGUCCCUCGUUUUAGAGGGUACCAGCAACAAGAUGCCCAUGAGUUUAUGAGAUAUCUCCUAGACAGACUACACACAGAGUUGUUAACUCUACUUCCUUACCCAAACAACAAUAGUCCAUAUAUAGGCCCUAAAGGCAAGAGCACCAUUGUCACUGCCAUAUUUGGUGGUAUUCUACAGAAUGAAGUGAACUGCCUCAUAUGUGGAAUAGAGUCCAAAAAGCAUGAUCCCUUCCUAGAUUUAUCCCUUGACAUCCCACAACAUUUCACGGCAAAGUCUCAUAAGGCUAAGGAGGGUGAGACGAUAUGUCAUUUGAAGGACUGCCUCGCCAGCUUCACAGAUGUGGAAGAACUAGAGGAGUCUGAACUCUACAUGUGCGGAAACUGUAAGAAAAAACAGCGGUCUACAAAAAAAUUCUGGCUUAGACGUCUACCUAAUGUGCUCUGCUUACAUCUAAAGAGGUUCCGCUGGAGCACAUACUUCAGAGUAAAACUUGAGACAUUUGUUCACUUUCCAUUGCGAGGUUUAGACAUGAACAACUAUAUGCUCAACAACAUGCAUGAGACGCGAGGAAACACAAAUGGUAGUACCAUGUAUGACCUAGCUGCAGUAAUAGUUCACCAUGGAUCAGGAGCCGGAUCAGGGCAUUACACAUCAUACGCCAUCCAUGAAGGGCGAUGGUACCACUUCAAUGACAGCACAGUGUCCCUGAGUGACGAAGAGACCGUAGCUAAGUGUAAAGCUUACAUUUUAUUCUACGUGAGACGCGAGUUUAAGCUUCCUGACUUCGUUCCAAACUCGGACUGA